UCCGUCCCCAUAGAAGAACCCAUCAGCAGCAGUGGGCUGGCUUAACUGGGACUUUAGAGCUGACCUAUCCCCUCCGUGUUAGUUCCCGGUGUCCCUCUGCAAGAGGUAGGAGGGGGCAGAGGCAGGCACUCAGGAGCCUCCUCAACACACUACCUCCCACUAGCCACCCUGCUCGACGGCCGACAUGACCAGCACUCCGGUACGACUCACUACUGAACUUUACACGAUAACGUAACUCCGUGUCUUUUGAGUAGAUAUGAGGACAACAGCAGCAUCCUGAGCUGACAAAGAAACACUUCAUGGAAGGAACAAGAGGCUGGCCCUCGGAUCAGCAGCACUUCCUUAAGAUGAUGCACCUCCCCAGGAUCACGAAGAGAACCCAGUCACCCCACAGAGAGACCGUUUCCCCUGUCCUCUCAUACUACUCAGAGCCGGCCUACCUGCAGCACCGUAAGGAUGUGACUAGAGAUCUGGCCCCGCUGCCUGGUGCAACGAGAAGAGGAGCCCUGGAUGAGGAAGACCAGGAAGAGACGCUGAGCCUACGGAGCAUGCCCAGUAUGAGAAGCACCCUGAGUCACGCCUCAAAGGUGAAAAGGUCACGGGGCUUCCCGAAGAGACACACCAUCCCCAAGCUCAGACUGCCCCCUGUUACUAAGAUUCAUCCUGACCCCAGAGCCAGUCUGGAAUUGAGGGGUACUGGCUACCUGAGAUGUUCCAGACUUCCACCCAUCAUCAAAUCUACCAGAACCCAUGAGCCUCUGCACCAGGAAAGACCCCCAGGUCCAGCUGGGUACAGGCCUGAGAAGAAGGGAGAUGUUCCCUCUGGACUACCAGAAAAGAAGACUGUUGGUCUGAAGAAGCAGGGAGAUGUUCCCUCUGGACUACCAGAGAAGAAGACUGUUGGUCUGAAGAAGCAGGGAGAUGUUCCCUCUGGACUACCAGAGAAGAAGACUGGUGGUCUGAAGAAGCAGGGAGAUGUUCCCUCUGGACUACCAGAGAAGAAGACUGUUGGUCUGAAGAAGCAGGGAGAUGUUCCCUCUGGACUACCAGAGAAGAAGACUGUUGGUCUGAAGAAGCAGGGAGAUGUUCCCUCUGGACUACCAGAGAAGAAGACUGUUGGUCUGAAGAAGCAGGGAGAUGUUCCCUCUGGACUACCAGAGAAGAAGACUGUUGGUCUGAAGAAGCAGGGAGAUGUUCCCUCUGGACUACCAGAGAAGAAGACUGUUGGUCUGAAGAAGCAGGGAGAUGUUCCCUCUGGACUACCAGAGAAGAAGACUGUUGGUCUGAAGAAGCAGGGAGAUGUUCCCUCUGGACUACCAGAGAAGAAGACUGUUGGUCUGAAGAAGAGUUUUAAUAAUGAGGACCUCCUCAAAGUACCUGUUGUGACCAUGUCCAAGAUAAUUUCUGAUCCACCUCCAACUGAGACCCAACGCAUCACGUUCCACAGCCCCGCGCUGCAGGCCAUGUACCCGAUAACCCCUGACAACGAAACGCAAACCAGGAAGCCAGUGGAAGAUAGAAAACCCCCGUAUCCCAGAGUCCUCUCUUCUACAUCCACCUGCGCUAUAUCUAACACCAUCGGUCCUGAGAAAGUAUACAGAUUCCAGCCACACCUUCUGAGAGAUAACCCCCCUCCAUACUCCUCUGAGUGGACCGAUCCAAAGGCUUUAACCCAAGGAAGGACUGAGUGGACUGAACCAAGGGCUCCAACCCAGGGGAGGGGAGAGAUGCUGUUGAUCAGACUGAGCAUCACAUGGUCCAAGGCUGAGAACAACAGCAACCUGAGACAGUCCCAGUCUCAGCUCCAGCGUUACCCCAUCUGUCCCCUGAAACCAGCCCUGAGACUACCCAUCUCUAACACAAGGAGGCUGAGGGACUGGGGGAGACGGGGGACGACGUUGGGGUGUCUGUGGGAGGAGGAGGAGGGGUGUGUCCCACCCCCGGUCCCAGUCCAGCCUCAGUUACUGGAAUCCUUUACAGGGUUCAAAGAGCACCUCUGUCACCAGCUUCUCCACCCCCCCACCCCCCUGGCUCAGCUCCUGGAGAAGGCCUCAGAGGGAGACCAUAUAGACACACAGGCAGACCGACCGACAGACAGAACAGUAGACAGACAGUAUAGACAGACAGGUAGACAGACCGGUAGAUAGACAGGUAAUGUCCCAGGUUCCUCAGGUGCAUACCCUCCAGACCCCCUGCAGUACUCUGCCAGCCCAUACCGUGCAGCUGUCUGGAUCUCAGGGUCCAGGAGGGGCUCUACCCAGAAUCCCCAUGACCAGACCAACUCCUUCCCCCAAGCUCCCCCUCCUUCACUCACACAGUAAGAACAGACAUUCAGCAUAGAUAGAUGGUCUGUUUUACAUGGAACUGUCACUCUACAGGCCUGUUCUACCACGGAACCGUCACUCUACAGGCCUGUUCUACCACGGAACCGUCAAUCUACAGGCCUGUUCUACCACGGAACCGUCAAUCUACAGGCCUGUUCUAACUCGGAACCGUCAAUCUACAGGCCUGUUCUACCACGGAACCGUCAAUCUACAGGCCUGUUCUACCACGGAACCGUCAAUCUACAGGCCUGUUCUACCACGGAACCGUCACUCUACAGGCCUGUUCUACCACGGAACCGUCACUCUACAGACCUGUUCUAACACGGAACCGUCACUCUACAGGCCUGUUCUACCACGGAACCGUCAGUCUACAGGCCUGUUCUACCACGGAACCGUCAAUCUACAGGCCUGUUCUACCACGGAACCGUCACUCUACAGGCCUGUUCUACCACGGAACCGUCAAUCUACAGGCCUGUUCUACCACGGAACCGUCACUCUACAGGCCUGUUCUACCACGGAACCGUCACUCUACAGACCUGUUCUAACACGGAACCGUCACUCUACAGGCCUGUUCUACCACGGAACCGUCACUCUACAGGCCUGUUCUACCACGGAACCGUCACUCUACAGACCUGUUCUAACACGGAACCGUCACUCUACAGGCCUGUUCUACCACGGAACCGUCACUCUACAGGCCUGUUCUACCACGGAACCGUCACUCUACAGGCCUGUUCUACCACGGAACCGUCACUCUACAGGCCUGUUCUACCACGGAACCGUCAAUCUUUAGGGGCGCCGAGACACAGCCCUGGGGGACUCUGCCUUCAGCACUGCUAAUAAGGAGGAUAAUUGUUUUAGCUAUACAGAGGAUUGCUACGGCCUGGUCUGCUGAGACGAGCACCAUCCCAAAACACACAGCAUGGUCAGUCCAGACACCACAGAGACGAGGCCUCCUAAAUGGAACACUAUCCUUAUACAGGGCCCAUAGGGCUCUAGUCAGAGGUAAUGCAACUCUAUACGAAAUAGGGACUCAGCCAUGGCCUGAUCUAUAGUCAUUGAUGUUGGUUGUAGUGGUUUGAGAGUUGUUUGUUAGCUGUGACAAGACUGUAAAGUCUGUACAAAUAUAUGUCCUGUGUAGUUAGCUGCUACAUUCUGUUCUCUAUGUCCUGUGUAGUUAGCUGCUACAUUCUGUUCUCUAUGUCCUGUGUAGUUAGCUGCUACAUUCUGUUCUCUCUCUGACAAGUUGGCUUGUGAAGAUCACUCUGUCAAUGCAUGAUGUUUUUGUAGUUGUUGUUUUCUCGACAAAUCCUGUAUUUUGGAGAGCACCAUCUUAUUCUGUAUGCUGAUUAUUAUAUUACCAUUGUAAUAUGUACCCCCCCCCCCCCCCCAAUAUGUACCCCCCCCCCCCUUAUAUUUCCAUGUGUUGAAUUGCGACAACGGUUUCUUAACCAGCAUUCACUAAAAUGUGUCUUUACGAUUUUCUCUAUUGAAGAAAUAAACAUUCACUUCAAUGGGC